AUGCCGAAUACAUCCGAUUACCACAACUUUACGACUCAGACAAUUCGCUCAUUCCAAGGUGUCUACGGCUCGAACUUCAAUGAGACGAUUACGUUCUGUGACUUGGAAAUCAAGAGCUUCGAGCUCAAUGACUGGAGGAUCAUCCCAGUGCUCGCCCAAAGCGCUGACUCCGGACAAUCACCAUACAAUGAGAAAGGCGCGAUGCUGACAGGCGGGACUUAUCUGGCGCCCAAUGGCUCGGUAGUUUGGAAGGGUUUUGGCUUCAGUGCAAAUGGGCUAUAUGAUUGUGCAUUCGCGUUGAGUGGGAAUGGGAGUGAGGCUGAUGGAUACUAUACUUUCCUGGACCAGUUCAAUGCGAGCACAACAGCUGGCGAGACUGCCCUUGGUUGUUAUACUAUGAACGGGAGCCAACGAGAGAGGAAUGUUCUUUGGCUUAUCGGGACUACAAGUGUGGCGCUGCGUGGACUUCAUAGGACUGAUUUUGCCACGAAAGGUGGGGGGUGGGGGAAAGCAGAAGAGGAAAUACCUUCCAAAAGGUGA